AAUCCGGAAACUUAAAACAACCAUUUAGGGUCCUGUUUAAUUACGAACCCAAAUCCGAAAUCUAAACCUCGACACGUUAGUUGCGGAAUAAGAUUAGUAAAGGGUGUGAUAGUGACCAAUUCAACACAAGGAUAUAUGCUAGUAGUCGAAAGGAUAUACGAGGAGGAAGAUAUAAGGAUGCACACAAGAAUUGCUGUGAAUGAAUGAGAACUCCGCCAUCGCUUCUUUCGCUAGCAGUUGACUCAGCUGUCGUUAAUCUCGCCUCUUACUCCGAUCUCUCUUUUCUACCUGAACACAUUCUCAUUGACCUCUUCCUGAGGCAUUUUUUCAAAACAGGUUAUUUGGGAGAUUAAACCCAAUAAUAUUGUUAUUUGGGGCUUUUUUCUAAAAGACAGCGAAACCCGUGGCAUGACCUGGUGAGCAGUAAUAAGCUGCAAUCAACAGAGGGGCAGAGGUGAAUUGAGUUGAGUAUGGAGAAACAUGAAUUUCGUCAAAUACUUGAACUCUUUCCUAUCGUGAGAUCUCGCAACUAUCGGGCUGACUCGGAAUCAUCAACACAAGCAACCUCCCGCUCCAUCCAGAAUGAGCAGGUAGAUGACUGGCAGGAUGCUUGGGAUUCAGAGUCAAACAAGGAUAUUGAUAUUAAAGGAAUUGAAGAACAUGAUGGAUUUUGGGAGAAGCUAAGGUCGGCUGCUGCAAAAAAGCUUGGUGCAGCAGAGGCUGACCGAUUUUGCAAGGAAUUCCAACAUGUUCAUAAGAAACUUGUUCAUGAAGAAUUGAGUUUGGAUGCUGCUAGGCGAUUUCUUAAUUCAACUAAAGCAUGUGGAAAGUAGUUUUCCUGGCCUCUUUACAUCUUUGGGUUAUUGACUAGUUACACUUUUAUAAUUACCUUUCUUAUGUUGUGGGGGUAUUUGUGAUUUUGAGACUCAUCUUUUUACUUGUUUCUUCUGGUUGCUUGAGCUUAAUAGAAGUAGCCCUCGAAUACAGGAUAUCAUAAAUAGAUUUUGAAGAGGAUGUUGAUGUUUAA